AUGAAGGGCCUUCUAGGAAUUGGCGCUCUUUUGAGCUUCUCGUUGACGACUGCUGCUGCUGCCACCAACAGAACAAGCUAUGCGGUUGACUUGAAGAUUACCACUAAGUCCGGUUCUAGGAACAAGACUGCACCGUACUUACAUGGGUUGUUCUUUGAGGAUAUCAAUCACUCUGGAGAUGGUGGACUCUAUGCCGAAUUGAUUCGAAACCGAGCCUUCCAAGGCUCCGAUGUCACCUUUGGCAGCGUUCCCAAUUUGCGCGGCGCUAGAAUCAUCGAGUCAGAGAACCCUGUGUGUGCAUGGGCACCGACUCUCACUGCCUGGAAGUCAAUUGGAGGCGCGGUGCUUUCUCUUGACGUUCUAAACCCGUUGUCUGAUGCCCUUACGACCGUGAUGCGUGUUGAUAUCCCACAAAACGCAACGGGUGAAGUCGGGUUCUACAAUGAGGGAUGGUGGGGAAUGGAUGUGAGACCGCAAGCUUAUAAUGCGUCGUUUUACAUCAAACCCAAUGGCGCGCUUUAUGCAAAGAACGUUACCGGGAUUAAGGUCUCAUUACGCUCUGAUCUUACAGAUGAUGUUUGGGUUGAGAACGCUAUCACUUUCGAAGGAGACCUUAGCACCCACAACUAUACGAAGUUCGAGACUGUCCUCAAGCCUGAAGUCUGGGCUCCCAACAGCAACAACACUUUUGCGAUCACCUUUGACGCUGCCGAGGCAGCCGGCCAGGCAUUCUACUUCGAUCUUAUUUCCCUAUUUCCACCCACCUACAAGGACCGGCCCAACGGUCUCCGAAAGGAUCUCGCUGAGCACCUCCAUAACCUUGCUCCCAAGUUCCUUCGAUUUCCUGGAGGAAACAAUCUGGAAGGUCUUAGCAUUGCCACUAGAUGGCAAUGGAAGAAGAACAUCGGCCCCAUUAUUGACCGUCCCGGAAGACCUGCUGACUGGAGGUACUACAACACCGACGGCAUGGGAUAUCUCGAGUUUCUCGAAUGGUGUGAGGAUCUAGAGAUUGAGCCGUUGUUGACUGUAUAUGCGGGAUAUUCGCUUGAUGAGGCAGACGUGCACCCGGCAAAUACUGUCCCAGAGGAUGAGCUGGAUUUCUAUAUUCAGGAAGCGGUUGAUCAGAUUGAGUACGCGACUGGAAGUGUUGAUACGAAUUGGGGGGCGCUAAGGGCCAAGCAUGGGCACCCAGAGCCUUUCGUGAUCAAAUUUGUGGAGAUUGGAAACGAGGACUGGUUCAGUGACUCUUACUACUGGCGUUAUCCGAGGUUCUUGGAAGCUCUACAGCAGGCCUAUCCUAACAUUACUUAUAUUGCAUCUCAGGCAACUGAAGCAUCUCCGUCGGGCGUCAACACCAGCAUUGCUCCUGGCGGAAUGUGGGAUCUCCACCACUACGAGACCCCUCAAUUCUUCAAGGACCGUUUCAACUUCUUUGAUAACUGGCAAACCGUCGCCGGCUACCCUGGUGUCCAAAUAUUUGUGGGUGAAUACUCCGUUCUCUCCCGGGACCGUGCCGGCGGUGUCGACUGGGCCCAUGGUGAGGGUCGUUUUGUCUACCCUACCAUGGUAGCCGCCAUCGGUGAAGCCAUUUUUGCUCUUGCCAUGGAGCGUAACCCAGACGUUGCAACUCUCAGCUCCUACGCACCACUAUUCCAAAACUUCAACUCUUAUCAGUGGACCCCUGACUUCAUCGGUUUCUCAGCGGACCCGAACCAGACAGUCCUCUCCACAUCCUACUACCAGCAACAAAUGUUCUCUCACUUCAAGGGCGAGGAGACGCUUCCAAUCAUCAACACCAAGGGUGACUUCAACCCGUUGUGGUGGCAUGCAUCCACAGAGAAUAAUAGGGUGUUUGUCAAGCUUGUUAACGCGGCUGAGUAUGAGGUGCCCGUAAGCUUUGAUGUAGACUUUAAGGUAAAGAGUGUCAAUGGUACGAUUUUGAGGCACGAUGAUGAGUAUGGCUUCAACUUUAUUGGUAAUGCGACGGCAAUUUCACCAGUCAAGUUUACCUUGGAUAAUGGAAGGAACAGUACGACCAUCAAGGCGGGCGGGAACAGAUCGACUGUCCAAUGGAACGUCCCGAGCUUGUCGGUGACGGUUUUGGAGUUGAACUAA